AUGGGAGCAGUCUUGAGUUGUGUCGCCUUGCCUGCCCUUGGCAGUCUGGGCUCCAUCCUCGCCUCAUGCUUCUCCGCCGCUGCUUGUUCCCUUGCAUGCCGCUCAUGCAACUGCAACAACUCCAUCGCCACCCGCGUCGGAUACGCCUUGAUAAUGCUUGUCAACUCAUUGUUCGCAUGGAUCCUGCUUUCAGAAUGGGCUUCAAAACAACUCGAGGGUAUCACGCACGGAUACCUAAAACUCAACUGCGAGGACAACUCCUGCUAUGGAGCCUUUGGGGUUCAGCGUGUUGGAUUUGCUUUGGCCCUCUUUCACUUUAUUCUUGGCGCACUGUUGGUUGGCGUGCAUGAUUCACGGUCAAAAAGGGCGGCAGUUCAGAAUGGAUGGUGGGGUCCUAAAGUAUUAGUCUGGAUGGCACUGGUGGUGGCCUCGUUCUUUAUUCCUACAGGGUUCUUUGUGUUCUACGGCAACUAUGUGGCACUGAUUGGCGCAGGAAUCUUUAUCCUCUUUGGACUCAUCCUCCUCGUCGACUUUGCCCACACAUGGAGCGAGACCUGUAUGGACAAAUGGGAACAGAGCGACACCAACAAGUGGCAGUUCAUUCUUGUUGGAUCAACGUUGAUCAUGUACUUGGGAGCCAUCGUCUUGACAGGGGUGAUGUACGGGUAUUUCGCCAGCGACGGUUGCAACAUGAACAUCUUCUGGAUCACCUUUAACCUUGUCUUGGGAGUGGCUGUGACAGUGAUUGGGGUCUUGCCGGCUGUUCAGGAGGCGAACCCUCGAUCUGGACUCGCACAGUCGUCGAUGGUGGUCAUCUAUUGUGCGUACUUGGUCCUCAGCGCGGUUGCAAAUGAGCCGGAUGAGGGUACUAAUUGUAACCCAUUGAGCAAGGCCAGGGGCACCAGGACGACCUCAGUUCUUAUGGGAGCUAUAUUUACUUUCCUUGCCGUUGCUUACUCAACCUCCAGGGCUGCGACUCAGGGAGGAAAAGCCAUGAUCAACAGUGGCGACUACGCGCCUCUCAACUCGGACUCUGCAGUACCCCUCGUCAACAACCAGCCUACUGGAUCCUCCAUGCGUCGCUCCGAUGCCCUGCUCGCCGCCGUCGAGAGCGGUGCGCUUCCUGUGUCUGCGUUGGAUGAUGCAGAUGACGAUGAUGACGAGGAGUACGACUCCAAGGACGACGAAAAAUUUGGAUGCCAGUACAACUAUACAUUCUUCCAUCUCGUCUUCGCCCUUGCAGCGAUGUACAUCUCGAUGGUCCUCACCAACUGGAACAACUUCCAAGAAGUUGACGGCAGAAGCGACAAUCUCAUUCUGAUUGGUCAGAGUUGGCCUGCAGUCUGGGUCAAGGUCAUCUCGUCUUGGAUCUGCUAUGGCCUCUAUGCAUUCUCCCUCUUGGCCCCUGUUAUCUUCCCUGACCGGUUCUUGGACUAUUAG